AAUUAUUAUUACUAUUAUCAUUAUUAUUAUUAUUAUUAUUAUUACACAUGUAUACAAUGUAUGUACGGCUAGGCGAUAAUCCGUGUAUUUUAUUUUUGUGGAUAUUUUGCACCGAGACUAAAAAAAGAUUCGCGCAGUUCCAAAAAGUAUAUUAAUCGAUGCAAAGUGUAAAUUUUACGACAAAAAUUGUAAAUUAAAAAACCAAAUGUAAAUUUUAUACGAGUAUAUUAUUGACGCGUAAUGAGAGCCCUAUGAUAGAUCGGAAUAAUUUUUUAAUUACCUUAGCUAUUCAACCUAUUCGAACAUUAGUUUUCACUCAACAAAAGCGAUUUCGAGCAAAAAUUAACAUACAAAAACCAAAAAAGUCACAUCCAGCAAGACUAGCAGUAGAAAUAUUUACAAAACCGUUCAUUUCAAAUCCAGCUUCGAAUUUACCAUUGUGGGAAAGAUGCAACAACAUCCGUAGACAAGAGAGACAGAAAAUCCAAAUUGUUAAUCCAUAUGAAAAUAUCCUAGCAAAAGAAUGUAUGAAUUGGUUUAAUAGUUCAAAUAUGACGGCCAUCUUCCAUGUCAACUCAAUCACAGAGCACGAUAAAUUCGACGUUGCCGUGGCGUUAAAAAAAGAAAAUAUGUACUUGAAACACUAUCAAAAGAAAAUAUUGAAAAUAGCGUUUCCGGGUACAAAUUACGAGGUACUGAUGAAUUUAAUUCAAGACACGAUAUCCGAAUCGACGUAUUUUGUCUUCAGUCCAGAAAUUAAAACAGAAAAGUUAUACAAAAUCACGAAGAAGGCGCCGCAAUUUUUGUUAUUAGCUGGAAUACUUCAUGGAAAACUGUUGAGUCGCGAUGCACUUUUGAAAUACGGCCAAUUGGAUCUCACGACUGCACAAGCUGGUCUUGUCCAAGUUUUGCGCGCCGCUUCCGGAGGAAAUCUAAAUCGUCAGCUGACGCAUCACCAGUCUACUUUGGUUACCCGGUUAAAACAGAUAGGUACAAUAGAGGAAGGAGAAAAAGACAAGCCCUGUGAUGCGAAGGAAUAAUUAACGGUGCCUAUACGUUUUUUC